AUGAUCGUUAAAGUGAAGACUCUUACGGGUAAAGAGGUCGAUAUCGAUGUUCAACCAGAUAUGACCAUCAACAAAGUGAAAGAGCGAGUAGAGGAGAAAGCAGGCAUCCCACCUGUUCAACAACGUCUGAUCUUCGGUGGUAAAGCCAUGGCCGAUGAUAAAGCUAUUCAAGAUUACAAGAUUAACGCAGGGGCUGUCAUCCAUUUGGUACUCGCUUUGAGAGGUGGUCGAUGA